AGCCACCACAUCCAGACCACUUCAGCAACGAUGAUCGCCAAUAACAUCUCUAUUUUCUGCCUGUCUUCACUUCUACUUUUAAACUUGGUCGGUGCCAAACCAGUCACCAGCUUACAGCAGAGUCUUAAGCAGUUGUUAGAUGAAGAAGUGAACACGCCGUUUGUGGAGUCGGAGGAGUCGGUGAUGGAGCAGAAAGAUGCGAGAUCCGAGAAGAGCGCGCUGGAUGAGCAAAUGUGGGAUUCAGAUGCGCGCAACUCAGCGCUGGCUGGAAAAGAUAGCGCCAUCGAACGUCUUCUAGGCGAUUUACUGUCCACUUCCAAGCGCUCCUGGAGUCGAUUCAAGAAAGGCGGGCUGAGGAGCUGCUUUGGGGUCAGACUCGAAAGAAUCGGGUCUUUUAGCGGACUCGGGUGUUAAGCGGAGGUUUGUUAGGAGAUGUUGGCGAAAUAUAAACAUGGAACAUUGUGCAAACGCGUAUUAGAAAUAAAAUAAGUCAUGUCUUAUUACUUCAUGUCAUGUCACUUCUUGCAGGUUGGGACUUUGAAAUACUUGACACACUUUGGCA